CUCUCCAGAAAGUGUUCCUUGCCAUCUCAAGACAAGUGAGGGGGAACGAAAAUGUGAGGUUGAAUUUCUAGUCGGACGUGUUUUCACGAAGCACAAAAAGAUGCAGUGUAUAUUGAAAGGCGUGUCGGGAACUCGCAUCUCAUUGACUGACGGGCGGGCCCUCAUACUUGGCAGGGGAGCAGAAUCAGGAGUAGCCGACAAAAAAUGUUCCAGGCAUCAGGUAAAACUAGUUGCCAACUAUGCAUCUCGUGAAGUACACGUGACACAGCUGGGUCCCAACCCUUCAUCGCUUAACCAUGAGGAGUUGCGCCGAGGAAACUCUGGCAUCCUGGGUGAGGAUGGGACUCUGUUCCUGGUUAACCAGAGCCACCCUUUCACUCUCCACUUCACCGCAAACUCCAACGGCUCUACCUCCGGCCAGAAGAGCAGAGAGUCUGGGAAAGGGAGGGAGGCCCAAAAGGCAACUGAGGCUCCCAAACGCAGCAUACAGGACUUCUUCCAUCCCUCUCCCAAAAAGUCCGUGAAGAGACCUCACAGUUCAGAAGAGGAUGAGAUGGAGCAGAAGCGCGGGCGAACAGAAGCACCUGUUGAUGAUGAUGAUGAUGAUGAUGAAGAGGCAGAGAGGGCUGCUGAGGAGAACCUGAGGAGGCUGCAGAGUCUGGCAGAGAGGGCCAGCUCUUCUAAGCCGGCAACGGAGAGGACAGCCCAGAUGGGGUCCUCGGCCUGCUCCAAGAGCAACUGGCAGAAGACCGGUCACCUCAUCCUGUACACCGCGGCGGGUGUUAGAGGCAGCUCAAAGAUUGCUGGUUUUGACAUUGAUGGCUGCAUCAUCACAACCAAGUCUGGUAAAGUGUUCCCAACGGGUCCAGAUGACUGGAGAAUUCUCUUCCCUGAGAUAAAGCCCAAACUGGCUAGCCUGCUGGGAUCCGGUUAUAAGGUUGUGUUUUUCACCAAUCAAAUGGGCAUAGCGAAGGGCUCCCUAAAAGAAGAGGUGUUUAAAUCCAAAGUGGAAGACAUUCUGCAGACACUUAAGUUGCCUGUGCAGGUGUUUGUGGCUGCAGGUCCAGGGGUUUACAGGAAGCCAGUAACAGGAAUGUGGAAGCAUUUAUGUGAACAGGCAAAUGAUGGAAUUCCGGUUGACAAAUCGCAGAGUUUUUACGUCGGAGACGCGGCUGGGCGACCAGCAAACUGGGCCCCUGGCAAGAAGAAAAAAGACUUCUCAUGCAGUGACCGACUGUUUGCCUUAAACCUCAGCCUGAGGUUCGAGACACCAGAGGAGUACUUCCUGGGCUGGAAGAAGGCCCAGUUCAACAUGCCGACGUUUGAUCCAAGGAAGCUUGACCCUAAUGGGCGCCUGUUCGAUCCCCCCUCAGCCUCUCUGACCUCCAGCUCUCCAGAGGUCGUGGUGGCCGUGGGAUUCCCAGGAUCUGGAAAGUCCACAUUCUUCCACAAGCACAUGGUGCCAAAGGGCUACACAUACGUCAACCGGGAUACGCUGGGCUCAUGGCAGAGCUGUGUGACGGCUUGUGAGAAGGCUCUGAAGCAGGGACACAGCGUUGCCAUCGACAACACCAACCCCGACCUCGAGUCUCGCAAACGGUAUAUAGACGUUAGUCUCAAAGCAGGCGUGCCUUGUCGCUGCUUCAAUUUCACUGCGUCUAUGGAACUGGCCAGACACAACAAUAAGUUUCGGGAGAUGGUUCCUUCAGACACAAAACACAUGAAAGUCAACGACAUGAUCUUCCAUAGCUACAAGAAGAAGUUUGAGGAGCCCAGUCUGUCUGAGGGCUUCUCGGAAAUCGUGCAGAUCCACUUUGUCCCUCACUUCAAGAACAGCCAAGAGGAAGCUCUCUUCAUGCAGUUCUCUGAAGGGUGAACACUGGGAAGCUGACAAGGGUGGGACAAAGGGGUAUGUUGUCCCAGGUCCAGGAAGUUGGGGUGGGGUGCAGAAUCGGGCCAUUAUUGUGUAGUAUGUAUUGGGUGGUGGGCCCUUUUAGAUGGCUUUGUCCUGGCCCGGCCAAAGCUGUCAACGGCCCUGGGUGAACAGCAAGUUAGCUGUGACUAAGACAGCCCAAAUGUCAUCCAUGUUUGAAAGCCAUAUGAUAUGUGUUUGGAGACCAAAUCAUCAAUGUUAGAUAGAAUCUUGAUUAGUAAAUCACAGAGGUGUACAAAGUAGAUGUAGAAGUAAAAUAAAAAUAAAAACACUCAUUAGGCUCAGUGCAAUUUCUGGUGUAACAACAACUGUGGUAAUAUCUCAAAUACUGAUUGUACUUGCAUCAUUAAUUUACUUCACACUUCUACUUCCACUUGAGAUACACCUGGAGCAUUGGUUAUAAUCGGUGUUGUCCAUGCCACUGUCUAAUUUCUGGUUUGAGGCAGUAUGAUCCACUGUCUAGUCUAAGGGGUCUUUAUCAAGUGUUAACGACCUCACACCAACUGCAGUCAGCCUUCUUUGUACUAACACUACUGUUUUAUAGGCCCAUAGCUGGGCAGAUGUUUGUCAUUCAGUUUACUUAACAUUUUGUAAAGCAUUUGGUUUAAUUGCUGUAGCUGAGACCACAUUUUGAGGCAAAUGCAAUAAACAUUGAUUUGUUUUUUCCUUUAA